GGAGGCGGGAUCUUCUUCAUCGAAGCCAAUCGCAGCCGCUCUGCCGUUCGAAGUAACCUGAGGCGCUUCAACAAACCUCUUCGCAGGAUGUGAGGAGCCGGUUUGCUUCCGGGCGAGGAGGGAAAGCAUGGAAGAUGAGCUCGCAGAGAGGGAACGUAUCCCGGACGCGAGCUCAACGGCACCAGAACGCUCAAGGCUUCCGGAAUGACAAGUAUGACUCCAGCGCCCAACGCAAGAAAAUCAAUGCAAAACACCACGAAGGGCUCUGUCAACACUGUAAGGAGGUCCUGGAAUGGCGGGUGAAAUUCAACAAGUAUAAGCCAUUAACACAGGCUAAAAAAUGCACAAAAUGUCUGCAAAAGACUGUAAAAGAUUCUUACCAUAUUAUCUGCAAGUCAUGUGCCUGCGAACUAGAGCUGUGUGCUAAGUGUGGAAAGAGGGAAGACAUCACAAUUUCAAUUCAGACAAAUCUGCAGCAUACUGAGCAAAAGCCUUCCCAAAACCAUCAAAGACAGAAUAACAAAAAGGAUGCAUUUGAGAAAGAUGAUGAAACAAAUUUAAGUGGCUUGGAAGAUGAAGAUCUGGAUUUACUCACAUAGCAGAUUAAAAACUUAAACUGAAAACUACAGGGAUCUAAACAAUUUCUUCAGAACAAAGCUUUUAGGCAUCAUUUCAUUUCUUCCCAAAUGAUUUGUUGGACAUUCUUGCUGUGUGUGGAGUUCAUGGCAUCUGGAAACAGUUUUCACAAAUCUUAUGAUUCCGUUUUCUUCAAGAACUAAAUUUGCUUAAACGUUCUGUUGUUAGGAUAACAUUUUUAUUUAAUAAGUUAAAUAGCAACAGGUAUGGUAUCCUAUAUCUGACUUGAAUGUAUUUGUUAUUUCUCAUUCUUUUCCUGACUCCUGUGCUUACUUUCAGCCACCUUAUUCCUUUUGUUUAUAAGCCAACUAACUUCCCACUUCAAUUUUUUUUCUUCAAUGAUUGUUGUUUCAUUUUUUACAUUUAUUUCUGCAUAUGUAGUACUUCCUUUUCCAAAUUAUUGUCUUUAAAGCAGUGCUUCUCAAUUAUUUUCUGUCAUGCCCCCCUAGGAAGAAGAAAACAUUUUUCGCGCCCCCCGCGGACUGUAAAUAGUAUCAUUAUUAAAAAUACUUUAACCUGCAAAACAAAAAUAUAUAAAAUAAUUUGAGCUGAUUUUUUAAUCAGAAGUGAUGUCUGGAUUAAUGGCUACAAUGAGCACGUUUUGCAAUGCAUAGCUUUUCAAAGCGGGGUUUGAAGCAGGACACAGCAACUCUCAGCUCCUUCUCAAUGUGUAGCCGAGACCUCCUUUCUUUCAGGCGUUUUUCUGUACAGAGGACCGAUUUCCGGGUCUAAAAGUCACACGGGUGGGUUUGGCCAAUCAGGAUAGAGCAUCAUGUCUAUCCAAUCGGGUCUGUUCUCCUUGAAAGGGAGGAGCAUGCGCAGUCACAUGUACUGGCUUAAUGCUCACUAUCGAUGUAAAUGUCAGCAGUGGUAGCCCGAUUUCUUUAGCAAGUUUGAUUAAUUGGGGCAGCGUUAUGUUUCACAGGAGAAGGUCAUUGUCAGUCAUUUGAACAUCAAUUGGGUGCACAUCCUUCGGGCAACAAAGUAAGUGUGGACGGACGUCCCACACUAAAGAUGGCUCCGACAGGCUCAUGUCACAAGGGUUUUGGACAGCCAAUCAGAUGCUCCCGUUGUUCUCUGAUUGGAUACAGAGACAUAAACACGGGGCUUAGCUUGUUAUGACAGUGUUUGCCAAGGUCAAACGCGCCCCCCUUUACGGAGCCUCGCACACCCCCUGGGGGGCGCGCCCCACUAUUUGAGAAGCACUGCUUUAAAGAGAUAACAGCAUCACAAAAUCACUUAACGAUUUGGCCUAGAACCCCAUCAUAUUAGGGGAAAAGCAGAGCUGAUCCAUCUCCUUGACUAAGGGGAAAAGGAUUUCCCUAUCUUCAGUGGCCACUCAUGCUAUUGUUUCUCCUCUUGUUAUAAGAAAUCAUAAUCAAAUAUUGGAGGAGCAUAAACUGUUUCUUCUUUUUUUGUCUGCUUUUCUUCUUUUCUCUUCUGCCAUUAAAUUGUUUCUCCCUCAGCCUUACUUUAACACCACUGAUCUUGUAAAGCAUUGUGAGAGCAUUUUGUAACACACAUGCACAGAAUAAAACACAUAAUAAGCAGAGGCCAGUCAGAUCCAUUCUGUGAAUCCUAUACCCAGAACACGAAAGAAUCUAGUGCUUUUACUGCAAACCCUUUGUACAGUGCCUAAGUGCCAGGAUCCCUAGUGGUUCCGUGCUUAGAAUGCAGUAUUGCAGGCAAACUCUGCCUACAGCCUGGAUUUCAAUUCUGAUGGGGCUCAAGCUUGACUCACCCUUUUAGCCUUUCAGGUAGAUAAAAUGACACAGAUUGUUGGGGACAAUAUGCUGACAUUAUAAACCGCACAGAAUGUGCUGUAAAGUACUAUGGGGCAGUGUAUAAGUCUAAGUGCUAUUUCUUUUGCUAAGAUAUAGUGGCCAUACUGAUAAAGAUAAAAAACAUUAUCAAGACAAGUAACAGAUCCUUUCUAAACUGUAAUUACUUUCAUUUGGAAAAUGAAUUGUCAGAUGGGAAAAGGAAACCAGCCGCUUUACAAGAAAUAUGCUUUGUAUCAUUCCUAUCCUUGGUUUGGAGAAAAUUAAAGAAAUUAUAGUAUAAGAACAGUUUGGAUUGUA